UCUUCACUAUCUUCUACUGAAGCAUCAACAAAUAAUGAUGCUAUUAGUAAAGUACAAAGUUUGAUUCAUUCUAUGAAGGAGAAAUUGACAUCAAAAGUGCUUGCUAGUAGAUCUGUAGAUCAUGAAUAUUUACUACUUCUAUUGCUGGAUUUGCCUGUUGAUGUUUCAGUUAAAAAACUAAAAGAAAGCAAAGGACAGACACUAUCAAGCUACACUCGAGUAAAAAAAUUUUGUAAAAUGUCUGAAGACUAUGGGACAUUACUUGGGAUGGAUAACUUGGUAGCAGCCUCAAGGUAUUACUGUAUGCUAGCUGACUGGGGAAAGAAACUGGGACAACAUGAGAUAUCAUUUACUCAAGCAUUUCGUGGGGACCACAAAGAAAAGAUGGACGUUUUUCAAAAGAUGAUGGAAAAGGACUCGAUCACUUUAGAAAUGAUUAUACAGUACUGCACUGAUUUUAAGAUCAACGUCCAGUCAAACCUUCAUGCUUAUGUUGAAAGGAUCCUCACCUAUUGGCAUGACAACAGUUGCUAUGGAGAGCGGCUAAAGGAGGUGAUGUGUAAAGUUAUCAAUACUGAGAGAAUUUGUAUAGAAAUACACAAACUAUUAGUAGAUGAGAUAUCAUGGUAUGAUUAUAAAAGGAUUGAGGUUAUAUUGGACCUCCUUUUCCUCUAUGAGUACAAUAUUCAGGACUUUUCCCUCAAUCUGGGCCUGGAAUUAUUGACAUGUCUUGGAGCCUACACUAGAACCGGUCCCUUACUGAGUAUUGAAGAGGAAUGGUGGAAAGUGCAUAACGGACAUGGGGUAAUAAAUAAUAAUGAUAGUAACACAUGAUACUAGUUUACUUGUGUGAUAAUGGUUUAAAGCAGAGCAAGCUAUUGCAGGGUUUUCUAAAGGAUUUUGGCAAACAUGUAGUGUUCAUGCAGCUUCUUGUUAGUAGAUUGUAAGACCCUGUACUAUAGUACUACAGAGUAUUAUGACAAAUGACUAAUAGAGAAUUCUU